AUGUUUCGCACAAUUGUUAGACGUGCUGCUCAGCAGACGCGGUUGGAGCUACCGUAUGAUCCAAACUCAAAUCCGUAUAAGGCAAAACGUUUAUGGCCACCCGACUUCUCCAAAUUGUCGCAAAAGCAUCAAUUCCGGCUUGAACGAAGAUACAAAAGAAGAGCGAAGUUAAAGUGGGCGAGACCGAGGUGGACAAAGGCCGUCAAAAUCGCACAAUUGAGCUCUGUUCUAUUGUACGGAGUACUAUUCGCAGAUUGGAACAAGGACAAUUUGGUUCACGAGAGGGCACCAUUUCAGGGAGUACGAAUAUCUCCGCCUUCACCAAGAAACUAG